GCCCACAGGAAUCCAGCAGUGACAUAGAGCCGCCUUUGCGGGCUCCUGAGAUUGAUGUCACAUGUGGGAUGGAGGAGGAAGAGGCUGCCUUGGAGUCUGAUGAUGGAUCCACCACUUCUGGUCAUCUGGAUUCCGCCCCUGCCCAGUCACAGACCCCUCCCCGUGCACACACCCCUGACCAUGGCCACACCUCUGCACACACCCAGAGCCCUUCCCAUCACCAAACCCAUGACCAUGCCCCGACCACUGCCAGCCCUUCCCAUAUUUCAUAUCCUGUCCCUCCCAAAAAACGCCCAUACACCCCCCUUCGCCGCUCUCCCCGUAUUCUGGCCCGUACAGCUGCCCAGACCCAAACUCCCCACUCCCCAGCUGUACGGCCUACCCUGGAGCAGCAGCUCACCACUCCCCAAGCCAUUCCCAUCCCUCCCCGAGCCAAUCCCAUCCCUUCCCCCUGUUUAAACCUUCAUUGUCCUGGGUGUCAGAUUGUCCUUCCCAGGCACAGCUGUAAGUAUCAUUCUAAAUACACUUUAUAAGAUACUUAAAGGUACAGUGAAGUUAAAUUGGUUAAAUUGUGAUUCAAAUCCAGCAUGCAAUGUUAAGCCAAUGUAUCAUAGAAUACUCUUAUGAAUUAUUCGUCAUUCUCUUGAUAUAUUUAUUGAAAACAACUUAUUCCUAUAAUUAGUUUAAACAAUAAAAUAAAUGUGGCCAUCAUUUCUUUAUUGUUGGAUGAAUGUAUCCAUCAACCAGCAUGCACAAACAAGGUUCAUCAACAAAUAUUGGCUUCCAUAA